AUGCCUCACACCCGAGAUGCGGACAGCGCAUCGUCCUUGAGCGGCCAAUCAAAACGACCUCCGCUCAACCAUCAGGAGAGUGAUUCGCAGAGCGAGAGCAGCGGUGUUAACCAGCAACACCAACACCAGCAGCAGCAUCGGAGACACCAUCGUCAUCACCAGCGACAGCACACUGUUGGUCACCUCCACCACGCCCGCGGCCCAGCAUCAAAAACUGCCCCGAAGCAGCCUAAGCUCAGCCGUCGCCAUACCGAUACCCCCGAUCAGAUCGAGCAGCACCAGCAGCAGCACCGAAUCUCCUCCGGCCCCAAUUCUCAUCGACGAGCUCUCAGCGACGCAAAACUCUCUUCUCGCGAGUCUUCGUCUGGCAACCUUACCAAGAGCGCAUCUCAAUCGAGGCUGACCAAGAACUCUUCCCAUACAAAGCUCGACAAGAGUUCUUCCCAGACAAAACUGGUCAAAAGUCCCUCGCAUGCGAGAAUCGUCAAGAGUCCUUCCCACUCAAAACUUAAGCGCAAUCGCUCGCAUACAGAAGUCGGGAAGCGCACUCGGUCUGCAGAACUGAAGCGCGCUUCAAGUACAACAAUUGUUUAUCAGCCUCAAAUCUCUCACGGCAAGUCGCAGGUUCAUUUCGAUUUGGGUAACGAGGAGGACGAAUGGGUCGACGCGAGUGGCUCUAAUUCCCCCUACCUCUCCCGCAAGGGCUCUCUCAACAGUAGUAACCACUCCGUGCACCACCCCGACGACCGCCCUGGCGGAUCAAGACCGGUUACACCCAACGAUUCCGCCACUCCAAAGCCGGCCGAGCAACCGCAGCACGAACCGGAGCAGCGGAACUCAACAAGCCCCGAGUUGCAGACGAUACAUCACAAGGAGUAUCUCACAUCCCGCAUAUUACAGCGCACUCCGUCCCACGGAGCUCCGCCCCAGAUGAGCGCAGACCUGGCGCAGAUCUCUCCUCGCCAUUUUGCGCCAGCCUCUGCUGAUGCCAUAGGGUCAGGAACUCCUGCGGGAAGUAAUCAGGACGAAUUGACGUCCCGGUUUGUCGAGGCUGUUGGUUCUGGAUUGACUAGUGAGGGAUCCUUCUACCGGCCACCUCGGGGGGACUUUCGCCGAUACGAUGACGCGCCUCAAAAACCUCGCUCUGUGACCAGCUUGCAAGGCGACCGUGAGGAGCGCCGAGAACCCCCAACAAGCGCACCAAAAGACGACAUUGAUGAUAGCGCACUAGCGCCCAAAGCGGCCCGACGGGCUGCGCCGCCUGCCGCUCAAACAUCGCGAACACAGCAGAAGCUUAACCUGCAGCGAGCCAGUUCCGUGAUUGAGCCCGGGCAAGCAGUUGGUGGUGUCGGAGGUGUAGUCGGUCAUACUCCACUCAUCGGCGUCGGCGGUCCCGGAUAUGACGGAGGUAACAGUCGAGAUCCACGUGUAGGCAAGCUCUUGGAGCGUACAGGCAUGGAGUAUCUCGUUGUUCGAAGACAUCUCAACCCCAUUUCUCGUUCACUCGAGCGUCUCAACCAUCUCCCGGGUAUGGACAAAUCAUUGCGCAUCCCACGACCUGGCACCGCUUCGACAAACGGCAAGCGUUCCACGGAUCUCACUAUGCGCCAACACACCCGCAACGUUAGCAUGCCUGAUCCUCGACGACCGAUGACGCCGAAACGCCCUACCUCAGUACGGACAACCAACGGUGCCUCGUCGAGCUACGACGGCAACGACGAUGAUGGCAGGCUUACUGACCGGCUAAGCGGAUCAAGCCUGGUUGGUGGUGAAGAGGAAGAUGGUACCGCAGCCAUACUGAGGAACUUGUGGGACAAGUCUAUGGAGUUGAGUGCCAGUACGGAUUAG